AUGUCUGAUUACGAGGACAACAUGGACGUAGACGCUCCGGCGUCCAAGAAUGCUAUCCAGUUCAGCUCCGACAAUACCGGCGCAAAGCACAAGAGAGUUGCAGCAGAUCUACCAGUUGAAGCUCAAGAUAACUUGCCCUGGGUAGAAAAGUACCGUCCGAACUCCCUCGAUGAUGUUUCCGGUCACAAGGACAUCUUAGCUACGAUCAACCGAUUUGUCGAAGCGAAUCAAUUACCACAUCUUCUUCUUUACGGCCCCCCGGGUACGGGUAAAACUUCUACAAUCCUCGCUUUGGCUCGAAGGAUAUAUGGCAGCAAGAACAUGCGGCAGAUGGUGCUUGAACUCAACGCUAGUGACGAUAGAGGAAUUGAUGUUGUUCGUGAACAGAUCAAGACUUUUGCGAGUACAAAACAAAUAUUCUCAAUGGCACCGUCCGCUACCGGCAAAUCGUCGCUUGCAUCUUUCAAAUUGAUCAUUCUGGAUGAGGCCGACGCCAUGACAUCGACGGCGCAGAUGGCUCUUCGCCGGAUCAUGGAAAAAUACACCGCCAACACUCGGUUCUGCAUCAUUGCCAACUAUACUCACAAGCUCUCUCCUGCCCUUCUUUCCCGAUGUACUCGAUUCCGCUUCAGUCCGCUCAAAGAGCAAGAUAUCAGGGUUCUGGUCGAUAAGGUGAUUGAAAAGGAAGACGUCCGUAUUCAACAAGAGGCUGUUGCUAGCUUGGUCACAUUGAGCCGCGGUGAUAUGCGCCGUGCUUUAAACGUACUUCAAGCCUGCCAUGCAAGCAGCAAACCACUCCCCAUCAAGAACGCACCUAAACACCAGGCCCUUCCCGAGCCGGAGACGAUCACGAACGAGACGAUUUACGACUGUAUUGCCGCACCUCAUCCGGCUGAUAUCCAGCAGAUUAUGACCACACUCCUCGCGACCAGCGACGUCACCUCGUGUCUCAAUACCCUGAAUACAUUAAAGAUCAACAAGGGCCUUGCCCUAGCGGAUAUCCUUGCUGCUCUUGGAGAGCAGCUGCAACGACUCGAAGUUCCAGCACAGACACGGAUCACUUGGCUGGAAGGGUUAGCAGAGAUUGAAUGGCGUCUGUCCGCUGGCGGAUCAGAGACCGUUCAGACAGGCGGCCUUGUAGGAGUUAUCCGAAAUGGAUGUGAGUUGAUGGGAGACAAGGGUGUGAGUGCGGCAUAA